GCCCGCGCCCUCCCCUGGGGCCAGAUUCUGCAGGUGCACAGGGUGGGAAUGGUCCGCCCGCAAGGUCUCAAGCCUCUUAUGUAAGGAGCUGAAGGGGAAAUAAAAUAUACAGGAUGAAAAGAUGGCAAUGUUGCCUCCCCCAGGACCUCAGAGCUUUGUCCACUUCACCAAACAGUCUCUUGCCCUCAUUGAACAACGCAUUGCCGAAGGAAAAGCAAAGGAACCCAAAGAAGAAAAGAAAGAUGAUGAAGAAGCCCCAAAGCCAAGCAGCGACUUGGAGGCUGGCAAACAGCUGCCCUUCAUCUAUGGCGACAUUCCUCCAGGCAUGGUGUCAGAGCCCCUGGAGGACCUGGACCCAUACUACGCAGACAAAAAAACUUUCAUAGUACUGAAUAAAGGCAAAGCGAUCUUCCGUUUCAAUGCCACACCUGCUUUGUACAUGCUAUCUCCUUUCAGUCCUCUAAGAAGAAUAUCUAUUAAAAUUUUAGUACACUCCUUAUUCAGCAUGCUCAUCAUGUGUACUAUUCUGACGAACUGCAUAUUUAUGACCAUGAAUAAUCCUCCAGAUUGGACCAAAAAUGUAGAGUACACUUUUACUGGAAUAUAUACUUUUGAAUCACUUGUAAAAAUUCUUGCAAGAGGCUUCUGUGUAGGAGAAUUCACUUUCCUUCGUGACCCAUGGAACUGGCUGGAUUUUGUGGUCAUUGUUUUUGCGUAUUUAACAGAAUUUGUAAACCUAGGCAAUGUUUCAGCUCUUCGAACUUUCAGAGUAUUGAGAGCUUUGAAAACUAUUUCUGUAAUCCCAGGCCUGAAGACCAUUGUGGGGGCCCUGAUCCAGUCUGUGAAGAAGCUUUCUGACGUCAUGAUCCUGACUGUGUUCUGCCUGAGUGUGUUUGCACUAAUAGGACUACAGCUGUUCAUGGGCAACCUGAAGCAUAAAUGUUUCCGGAAUUCACUUGAAAAUAAUGAAACAUUAGAAAGCGUAAUGAAUACCGUUGAGAGUGAAGAAGAGUUUAGAAAAUAUUUUUAUUAUUUGGAGGGAUCCAAAGAUGCUCUCCUUUGUGGUUUCAGCACAGAUUCAGGUCAGUGUCCAGAGGGGUACACCUGUGUGAAAGCUGGCAGAAACCCCGACUAUGGCUACACAAGCUUUGACACUUUCAGCUGGGCCUUCUUAGCCUUGUUUCGGCUAAUGACCCAGGAUUACUGGGAAAACCUUUACCAACAGACACUGCGUGCUGCUGGCAAAACCUACAUGAUCUUCUUUGUGGUGGUGAUUUUCCUGGGUUCCUUUUAUCUAAUAAACUUGAUCCUGGCUGUGGUUGCCAUGGCCUAUGAAGAACAGAACCAAGCAAACAUUGAAGAAGCAAAACAGAAAGAGUUAGAAUUUCAACAGAUGUUAGACCGACUUAAAAAAGAGCAAGAAGAAGCUGAGGCAAUAGCAGUGGCAGCAGCUGAAUAUACAAGUAUUGGGAGAAGCAGAAUUAUGGGUCUCUCAGAGAGUUCUUCGGAAACAUCCAAACUGAGCUCUAAAAGUGCUAAAGAGAGGAGAAACAGAAGAAAGAAAAAGAAUCAAAAGAAGCUCUCCGGUGGGGAAGAAAAGGGAGAUGAUGAGAAAUUGUCCAAAUCGGAAUCAGAAGAGAACAUCAGGCGAAAAAGUAUCCACCUUGGUGUUGAAGGGCACAGGCGAGCACGUGAAAAGAGAUUGUCUACCCCUAAUCAGUCACCACUCAGCAUUCGUGGCUCCUUGUUUUCUGUAAGACGGAGCAGCAGAACAAGUCUUUUUAGUUUCAAGGGUCGAGGAAGAGAUAUGGGAUCUGAGACUGAAUUUGCUGACGAUGAGCACAGCAUUUUUGGAGACAAUGAGAGCAGAAGGGGCUCACUGUUCGUGCCCCACAGACCCCAGGAGCGGCGAAGCAGUAACAUCAGCCAAGCCAGUAGGUCCCCCCCAAUGCUGCCAGUGAACGGGAAGAUGCACAGUGCCGUGGACUGCAAUGGUGUGGUCUCCCUGGUUGAUGGACCCUCAGCCCUCAUGCUCCCCAAUGGACAGCUUCUGCCAGAGGGUACAACCAGUCAAAAACAUAAAAAAAGACGUUCCAGUUCUUAUCUCCUUUCAGAGGAUAUGCUGAAUGACCCCAAUCUCAGACAAAGAGCAAUGAGUAGAGCAAGCAUAUUAACAAACACCGUAGAAGAACUUGAAGAGUCCAGACAAAAAUGUCCACCUUGGUGGUACAGAUUUGCACACAAAUUCUUGAUCUGGAACUGCUCUCCCUAUUGGAUAAAAUUCAAAAAGUUUAUCUAUUUUAUUGUAAUGGAUCCUUUUGUAGAUCUUGCAAUUACCAUUUGCAUAGUUUUAAACACACUAUUUAUGGCUAUGGAGCAUCACCCAAUGACAGAUGAAUUCAAAAAUGCACUUGUUGUGGGAAAUUUGGUCUUUACAGGAAUCUUUGCAGCCGAAAUGGUUUUAAAACUAAUUGCCAUGGAUCCAUAUGAGUAUUUCCAAGUAGGCUGGAAUAUUUUUGACAGCAUUAUUGUGACUUUAAGUUUAGUGGAGCUUUUUCUAUCGGAAGUGGAAGGAUUGUCUGUUCUGCGAUCAUUCAGACUGCUCCGAGUCUUCAAGUUGGCAAAAUCCUGGCCAACACUGAACAUGCUGAUAAAGAUCAUCGGUAACUCAGUGGGGGCUCUGGGUAACCUCACAUUGGUGUUGGCCAUCAUUGUCUUCAUUUUUGCUGUGGUUGGCAUGCAGCUCUUUGGUAAGAGCUACAAAGAAUGUGUCUGCAAGAUCAAUGAUGAUUGUACGCUUCCACGCUGGCACAUGAAUGACUUCUUUCACUCCUUCCUGAUUGUGUUCCGUGUGCUUUGUGGAGAGUGGAUAGAGACCAUGUGGGACUGUAUGGAGGUCGCUGGUCAAGCCAUGUGCCUUAUUGUUUACAUGAUGGUCAUGGUCAUUGGAAACCUAGUGGUCCUGAACUUAUUUCUGGCUUUAUUAUUGAGCUCAUUUAGUUCAGACAAUCUUACGGCAAUUGAAGAAGACACUGAUGCAAACAACCUCCAGAUUGCGGUGGCCAGAAUCCAAAAGGGAAUAAAUUAUGUGAAACAAACUUUACGUGAAUUUAUUCUAAAAGCAUUUUCCAAAAAGCCAAAGAUUUCCAGGGAGAUAAAACCAGCAGAAGAUCUAAAUACUAAUAAGGAAAACUGUAUUUCUAACCGUACACUUGCUGAAAUGAGCAAAGAUCACAAUUUCCACAAGGAAAAAGAUAAAAUCAAUGGAUUUGGAAGUAGAAUGGACAAAUACUUGAUGGAAGAAAAUGAUGGUCAAUCAUUUAUUCAUAAUCCCAGCCUCACAGUGACAGUGCCAAUUGCACCUGGGGAAUCUGAUUUGGAAAAUAUGAAUACUGAGGAACUUAGCAGUGAUUCAGAGAGUGACUACAGCAAAGAAAGAUUGAACCGAUGGAGUUCCUCAGAGUGCAGCACAGUUGAUAACCCUCUGCCUGGAGAAGGAGAAGAAGCAGAGGCUGAACCUGUGAAUUCAGACGAGCCAGAGGCCUGUUUUACAGAGGGUUGUGUGCGGAGGUUCUCAUGCUGCCAAGUUAACAUAGAGUCAGGGAAAGGAAAAAUCUGGUGGAACAUCAGGAAAACCUGCUACAGGAUAGUUGAACACAGUUGGUUUGAAAGCUUCAUUGUUCUCAUGAUCCUGCUUAGCAGUGGUGCUCUGGCUUUUGAAGAUAUAUAUAUUGAAAGGAAAAAGACCAUUAAGAUUAUCCUGGAUUAUGCUGACAAGAUAUUCACUUACAUCUUCAUUCUGGAAUUGCUUCUAAAAUGGGUAGCCUAUGGUUAUAAAACAUAUUUCACCAAUGCCUGGUGUUGGCUGGAUUUCUUAAUUGUCGAUGUUUCUUUGGUAACUUUAGUCGCAAACACUCUUGGCUACUCAGAUCUUGGCCCCAUUAAAUCCCUUCGGACCCUUAGAGCUUUAAGACCUCUAAGAGCCUUGUCUAGAUUUGAAGGGAUGAGGGUGGUUGUGAAUGCACUCAUAGGAGCAAUUCCUUCCAUCAUGAAUGUGCUACUUGUGUGUCUUAUAUUCUGGCUAAUAUUUAGCAUCAUGGGAGUAAAUUUGUUUGCUGGCAAGUUCUACGAGUGUGUUAACACCACAGAUGGAUCACGGUUCCCUACAAGUCAAGUUCAAAAUCGCUCUGAGUGUUUUGCCCUCAUGAAUGUUAGUCAAAAUGUGCGAUGGAAAAACUUGAAAGUGAACUUUGAUAACGUCGGACUCGGUUACCUAUCUCUGCUUCAAGUUGCAACCUUUAAGGGAUGGAUGGAUAUUAUGUAUGCAGCAGUUGAUUCUGUUAAUAUAGGUAUGUUUCUUUCCAAGCUGAUAGAAAAAUACUUUGUGUCCCCGACCCUGUUCCGUGUGAUCCGACUUGCCAGGAUUGGCCGAAUCCUACGUCUGAUCAAAGGAGCGAAGGGGAUCCGCACGCUGCUCUUUGCUCUGAUGAUGUCGCUUCCCGCGCUGUUUAACAUCGGCCUCCUGCUCUUCCUGGUCAUGUUCAUCUAUGCCAUCUUUGGGAUGUCCAACUUUGCCUAUGUUAAAAAGGAAGCUGGAAUUAAUGACAUGUUCAACUUUGAGACCUUUGGCAACAGCAUGAUCUGCCUGUUCCAAAUUACCACCUCGGCUGGCUGGGAUGGAUUGCUGGCACCUAUUCUCAACAGUGCGCCACCCGACUGUGACCCAAAAAAGGUUCAUCCUGGAAGUUCAGUUGAAGGAGACUGCGGUAGCCCAUCUGUUGGGAUAUUCUAUUUUGUCAGUUACAUCAUCAUAUCCUUUCUGGUUGUGGUGAACAUGUACAUUGCCGUCAUCCUGGAGAACUUCAGUGUUGCUACUGAAGAAAGUACCGAGCCUCUGAGUGAGGAUGACUUUGAGAUGUUCUAUGAGGUUUGGGAGAAGUUUGAUCCUGAUGCAACUCAGUUUAUAGAAUAUAGCAAACUCUCUGAUUUUGCAGCUGCCCUGGAUCCUCCUCUUCUCAUAGCAAAACCAAACAAAGUUCAGCUCAUUGCCAUGGAUCUGCCCAUGGUCAGUGGUGACAGGAUCCACUGCCUUGACAUCUUAUUUGCUUUUACAAAGCGUGUUUUGGGUGAGAGUGGAGAGAUGGAUUCUCUUCGUUCACAGAUGGAAGAAAGGUUCAUGUCUGCAAAUCCUUCUAAAGUGUCCUAUGAACCCAUCACAACUACACUUAAACGAAAACAAGAGGAUGUGUCUGCUAUUGUCAUUCAGCGUGCUUACAGACGUUACCGCUUACGGCAAAAUGUCAAAAAUAUAUCAAGUAUAUACAUAAAAGAUGGAGACAGAGAUGAUGAUUUGCCCAAUAAAGAAAAUAUGGUGUUUGAUAACGUUAAUGAGAACUCAAGUCUAGAAAAAACAGAUGCAACUUCUUCCACCAUCUCUCCUCCUUCAUAUGAUAGCGUAACAAAGCCAGACAAGGAGAAAUGCGAAAAAGACAGAACAGAAAAGGAAGACAAAGGGAAAGAUGGCAAGGAAAGAAAAAAGUAGAGCUUCAUUUUUGAUAUAUUGUUUACACCCUAUGAAAAUGAUUUAUCUGUGUUAAUAAGACUCUGGAGGAGGUCUAUGCCAAAACUGUUUUUAUCAAAAUAUUCUCAAAGGCAGUGCACUCACUAGCUCUGAUUCUCUAAGAUAGGUGGGCAGCUUUAGCAGAUGGCUAUUUUUGCACUGAUGAUUCUGUAAGAAUUGUAAGAGUAACUCUGUAGGGAUUAUUGAUUACAGCAAACAAAGGUGAUUUAAUUUUUGUUUAUUUUUAAUAGGAAAUCAUGUAAAAAGUUUUUAC